ACAACAAUGCUCCCUCAACAUUGCCACAAUCCUAGAUUUAGAUUUAAUAUUGCUCCGUUUGCUUUGGUUUGUGCAGAAGAGCAAAGCUCUUGUGGCAUGACGACGCCUAACAAAGUAAAUAAAGCCUUAAAGGUGAAGCGGGAGCCAGGAGAAAAUGGCACCAGCCUCACGGAUGAGGAGCUGGUGACCAUGUCGGUACGCGAGCUGAACCAGCACCUCCGAGGGCUCUCCAAAGAAGAGAUCCUCCAACUAAAGCAGAGGAGGCGCACCCUGAAGAACCGGGGCUACGCUGCCAGCUGCCGGGUGAAGCGAGUCACCCAGAAAGAGGAGCUGGAGAAGCAGAAGGCUCAGCUGCAGCAGGAGGUGGACAAACUGGCCAAUGAGAAUGCAUCAAUGCGCAUCGAGCUGGACGCUCUGAGGUCCAAGUACGAGGCGUUGCAGACCUUCGCCAGGACUGUGGCACGGAGCCCUACUGUCGGGGUCGGGGUGAGGGCUGGAGGGGGAGGAGGAGGGGUGGCGUCUUCUGUCAUCGGUCCACUUAUACCGGGAAAGGUAGCGACGGCGACGAGCGUGAUUACAAUAGUCAAGUCGAAGACGGAUGCACGGUCUUGA